UGUCAUUAACCUCUUGUUAAUCCACACCGACACUCGGUAGUGGUGAAUCUUGUGACCCUUUUCCUUUUCUCUUCAAUUUUUAUGCACCCAUUUUUAUAUGGAAAAAAAGAUGGUUUUUUAGUAGAAAAAAGUUUGCAAGAAACACACACACGCUUUCCAGUUUUCAUCACCGAUUGAUUAAAAUCAUAAAAUCAAAAAUUUGGAUUAUUAUUUAUAGUUUGAUUCUUUGGUUAAAGCUGUGCAGUGAACCUUCCAUCUGCCUCACCACUGACACCGGAAGAUGUAUAAUUCGCAUUCUCUCUCACCUUCUUUAUUAGCUCACAUUUAGCAUAUUCUCUUCUUCUCUUUCUCUUGUUUGACUUGAUUGGUUGAUACCUCAGUUUUUCCAACUGAUUUUCUGGAGUCUGUGCCAUUCUGUUCUGUCUGAGAUCCAGAUUUUGUUGAAAACCACACACACACACAUAUAUAUACACAUAUAUAUAUUUCUCUGCGGGUGUUAUUAUGUGUGAGAUAAGAGAUAACUAAAUUCGUUGCUGUUUCUAUUUCUGUUUACAGAAAAUGAUGGUUUUAGUUAUAGAGAGUGUAUAAAGCUUCAACUUUUAACAAAUUGGGGUCAACCCAUUUUCUUUUUUUCUCCAAGAUUUUCCAUUUUGGUUGCAUCUGAUCACACCAUUUUUUCCAACAAAAAAACCCCAAUUAUGGCACCGAAUUCUGUGGUUGUGACGCUGGAGAAGGCGGAGAACAUCUCAUUGAUAGAGGUGAACGACCCAUCAGGUGCUCGAUCAAAGUUCCAAGAGAAGCAAAGAUCGGCUAGCCCGAAGCAAUUCACAUGGCUGCUCCUGUUGAAGGCUCACAGAGCUGCCGCGUGCAUCCCGUGGCUAGCAACGAGCCUGUUCACGGUUUUCGGGUUGGUGAAGAAGCGCAUUGCUUCGUCGGAUCAGAACGAGGAGGAUCCGAGGUAUAAGGGGAGGUUGUAUGUGUUUAUAAAAGUGUUUCUUGCUGUUUCUUUGAUUGCAUUGGUGGUGGAGGUGUUUGCUUACUACAAUGAGUGGGAUUUGAGCGCGGUGAAUCCGUGGGAGGUCCCGAAUCUCGUGCAGUGGUGCUACAUGUCUUGGUUGAGCUUUAGAGUUGAAUAUGUAGCUCCCAUGAUUGUCACAUUGUCCAAAUUUUGCAUUGUGUUGUUCAUGAUCCAGUCCGGGGAUCGCCUCGUGCAGUGCUUAGGGUGUUUUUGGGUGAAGUUGAAUAGGAUGAAGCCGGUUGUGGAGGGGGAGCCUUUCGAUAUCGAGGAUGGCUCCAGCUUCCCCAUGGUUCUUGUUCAGAUUCCUAUGUGUAAUGAGAAAGAGGUGUUUGAGCAGUCGAUCGGUGCUGCUUGUCAGCUGGAUUGGCCGAAGGAUCGGUUUCUAGUGCAGGUGUUGGACGACUCAGAUGACGAGCUCUGCCAGCGCCUGAUACGCGAAGAGGUGAUGUUGUGGAAGGAGAAAGGGGUGAACAUUAUUUAUAGGCACAGGUUCGACAGAAGUGGUUACAAAGCAGGCAACCUUAAAUCUGCAAUGUCUUGUGAAUAUGUGAAAGACUACGAAUUUGUCACGAUACUCGAUGCAGAUUUCCAACCCAAUCCCGAUUUCCUCAAACUCACCGUGCCUCAUUUCAAGGGAAAGCCCGACUUGGGGCUGGUGCAGGCGCGCUGGUCAUUUGUGAACAAGGACGAGAACUUGCUCACGAGGCUCCAGAACAUCAACCUGUGCUUCCAUUUUGAGGUGGAGCAGCAAGUGAAUGGCCUUUUCCUCAAUUUCUUCGGUUUCAAUGGCACUGCUGGCGUGUGGAGGAUCCAGGCGUUGGAGGAGUCCGGUGGCUGGCUCGAGAGGACAACAGUCGAGGACAUGGACAUAGCUGUCCGGGCCCACUUGCACGGCUGGAAGUUCAUCUUCCUCAACGACGUUAGGGUCCUCUGUGAGCUGCCAGAGUCGUACGAGGCCUACAAAAAGCAGCAGCACCGGUGGCACUCUGGCCCGAUGCAGCUCUUUCGGCUAUGCCUCCCUCAGAUCUUGUCUUCAAAGGUAUCGUAUUGCAAGAAGGCGAAUUUGAUAUUCUUGUUUUUCCUGCUGAGGAAACUAGUGCUCCCCUUUUACUCAUUCACACUCUUCUGCAUCAUACUCCCAUUGACAAUGUUCAUACCCGAAGCCGAGCUACCGGCGUGGGUGAUCUGCUACGUCCCGAUCGUCAUGUCGAUCCUCAACAUCCUACCCGCCCCAAAAUCCUUCCCCUUCCUAAUGCCAUACCUCCUCUUCGAGAACACCAUGUCCGUGACCAAGUUCAACGCGAUGAUCUCGGGUCUCUUCCAGCUAGGCAGUGCCUACGAGUGGGUGGUGACGAAGAAAACAGGCAGGGCGUCUGAGUCGGACCUGCUCAGCCUGGCCGAGAGGGAGUCGAAGAAUCAGAACGAGGAGAAGAUCCAGAGACGGCUCUCUGAGUCCGGCCUGGAGAUGCUAGAGAAGAUGAGCAGCGAGCAGCCUGCUGCUGCGAUGAAGUCGAAGAAGAAGACGAACAAGAUAUACCGGAAGGAGCUCGCGCUCGCUUUCCUCUUGCUGACGGCGGCCGCGAGGAGCUUGCUUUCGGCACAGGGGAUCCAUUUCUACUACUUGCUGUUUCAGGGAUUGACAUUUUUGGUGGUGGGAUUGGAUCUGAUUGGAGAGCAGGUGAGCUGAGAUGGGGAGAAAUGGAGGUGGUAAUAUUUUUCUUUAAUUAAAUUUUUAUAUGUGUGUUGUUGGACAUGUAUUAUUUUGCAUUAUAGUUAAAGAGGUAAGUAUACAGGCUUCUCUGUUAUGGCUGGAUGGAUUUUACUCCUCACACACCAAAAAAAAAGUUAGCAAAAAAGAGUAGAUUUGAUUCUUUAAUUGUAUAAUUACAUGGACUGUCACUGUUAUUAAGUUAUUUGUAUACCAAUGGAUAUAAAUAACCAUUUUUCUCUUUUUUC